AUGGAGGAACGACCCGGGAAUAAGCAUACCACUUCUUCGAGGCUGUCGAGCUCGAAAUCUGCGCAAUAUGGGCAUGCGGGACAGGCUGCGGCAGUAGACGUCGGACACGUCGUCCAGGGUAUGGCAUCCCAAGCAGGCUCCUCGAGUCGGCUCUCUCCGCACGUUGUGAUUAUCGGUGGCGGCCUUGGGGGAAUCGCGUGCGGUAUCGCAUUGAAAACACAGCUAGAUUUCCACAAUUUUACCAUUUACGAGAAAGCUGCAGAGCUUGGUGGAACGUGGAGGGAUAACACGUACCCUGGCUCUGCUUGCGACACUCCUUCUCACUGGUAUAGCCUCUCGACUGAGCUGAAUCCAGACUGGAGUACAACACUCGCGCCUCAACCAGAGCUACUUGCAUACUGGCUCUCGCUCGCACGCAAAUAUGAUCUGUACAAGCAUACGGUGUUCAAUACAAGUGUCGUCGCAGCGACUUGGAAUGCAGGCCGGCACGAGUAUGAGGUUUUUGUGACAGAGGAGCAGGGCGGAGCAGAAAGGAGGAGUGUGUGGGCGCGUGCGGUAGUAUCGGUAGUAGGGAUCCUCAGCGAGCCGUAUACACCAGAUAUCAAGGGUUUGAGUACUUUUACGGGCCCGCACUUCCACUCGGCGAGAUGGGACCACGGAGUCGAUGUCAGAGGCAAGAAAGUCGUAGUUGUGGGGAAUGGGGCAUCUGCUGCCCAGUUCGUGCCGUGCCUUCUUAGGAGUGCAGGUACACAAGUUGUGCAAUUUUGUCGAUUGCCGAACUGGUAUCUGUAUGGUUCGCGUGCAGACUAUUCACCGCGAAGGCGGUGGGUGCUCGCAAAAGUCCCGCUUGCGCUGAGGCUCUAUCGUCUCUGGGUGCUUCUGGUCAGUACCGCAUACAAUCCUUGA